AGUGCGACUGCUUAGAGAGCACUCCAGCCUGGUUUAAAGAAGCAUCUCGGGGAUUUCGACAGAGCUGGGCUCAGAAGCCAGUUGUUGGCGCUGUCCGUGGUGCUGAGGAAUUCCCGGCUGCCGGCAGAAUGAGCUCCAAAUCAGCAGUCUGCAAACUGCUCGCAGUGAUGCAGAAACCCAGCUAAAGUUGCUCCUUUCCUUCACGUCCACAGUUAGCAUUUUCUGGUGUUCAAGAGGGGAUUCAAGCAACAUAUGGUGGGCGAUGGCGAUGGCAUUGCCGGCGGAGCGGGCUUUCAGCUACAGCAUGCUGUUUGUGAUCCUCAGAGCCUAGCCAAAUCACCUCCACUGCCGUAGCAAACACUGUGUAAGUGAACUCAUGUGUGGAGGAGGCGUAAUCAACCGGGAAAUUUCGUAGAAGGAUCUAAGAAAAUGCUAAAAAUAAGUUCAACAUGAUUCUACUACUGGGGUCUGGAUUUCUACAGGACCAGCACUGCUUCUCGCUUUGAAUUCUGAAGACAGGUCCAAAGCAAAUUUCUUAUGUGUGUCUGCUGGGUUUCUUUCUGGAAGGGCGGGAGACUGCUUCUUGACUGUGGUUUUGAAAUGGGAAGUAGAGAGAAUGGAUUGCCUUUAAUUCAUGCCUGAAAAUGUAUUCAUUGGGUAAUUAAAGUGGAACUGCUUUAUUAAAACAUACCUGACCUUUUAGUUCAUAUUGGGCUGUGACCCCUAUCACCACCAUUAACCUCCAGAGUGAUUAGCCUACCCCUCUUGUAUCCCCAUGGAAGGAGCUGAGAGUAUUUAAUAUUAGGAGCACAUCCAGAAGUCUUUGAGGAGGGGGAUGGCUCUUCAUAUUCAUGAAGCUUGCAUACUUCUGUUGGCUAUCCCUGGAUUGGUCACUUCUGCUGCCAUCAGUCAUGAAGACGAUCCUGCUGAUGAAGGUGACCAGAUCUCCAGUAAUGACAAUCUGAUCUUUGAUGACUAUCGAGGGAAAGGGUGUGUGGAUGACAGCGGCUUUGUAUACAAGUUGGGAGAACGAUUCUUCCCAGGGCAUUCCAACUGUCCAUGUGUCUGCGCUCUGGAUGGACCUGUUUGUGACCAGCCAGAAUGCCCUAAAAUUCACCCAAAGUGUACUAAAGUGGAACACAAUGGAUGCUGUCCUGAGUGCAAAGAAGUGAAAAACUUUUGUGAAUAUCAUGGGAAAAAUUACAAAAUCUUGGAGGAAUUUAAGCCCUCUCCAUGUGAAUGGUGUCGCUGUGAGCCCAGCAAUGAAGUUCACUGUGUUGUAGCAGACUGCGCGGUUCCUGAGUGUGUCAACCCAGUCUAUGAACCAGAACAAUGUUGUCCUGUCUGCAAAAAUGGUCCAAAUUGCUUUGCAGGAACUACAAUAAUUCCAGCUGGCAUUGAAGUGAAAGUGGACGAAUGUAACAUCUGUCACUGUCACAACGGGGACUGGUGGAAGCCUGCUCAGUGCUCAAAACGUGAAUGCCAAGGCAAGCACACUGUGUAGGACAAAUUUCCAACCAAUGACCAGUUCUUAGAAGGAGAGGAUGCGAUGGCUUCUACACUGCACAUGUUUCACACAAAACAAAACAAACUCCUGCCAGCUACAACAGGGUCACCAGCAAAACCUUUUGGGGUUGACAAAAGUGAAUAUUUUACUAAGAGGAAAUUUCUCUUUCUCUCUUGCUAUAUAAAAUAUAUAUAGUAUAUAACUAUCUAAACCGCUUUUGUAUUUACCAAUGCUUGAUGGUGACUUGACGAUGGGAUUUCUGGAACAAAAAGAAAGAAAUAGCCUUGCACAGGCUUCUUCCCUGGUGAUGCCUCUGACCUGCCAGCUCACCAUCCCCUGGUUUACUCUAUUUUUGCUCUUCUGUACAACCUACAUAACAUUUUUCUCUUGGAGUUUUUUUUUUAACCUUUAAUGUCUAAGGGGCCAUAUUUGACUGCACAGUAAAAUUUCGAGUUGUGUCAAAAGAGGCUUGGUAAAGGAAUGUUAGGGAAAGGAUCUUUCCUGAGCAGGAAGACAUAAGAGCAUCCAAUCACUCUCCUCUAGAGUGAAUCAUGCCCUGUAGACUAAGAAAAGAGGGUGGGCACACAGAUCGACCCACCGAUGGACAGGGUGAAAAACUGGUACUUCGUUCAUUUUGUGGGGGAGCCCAUGAUUUAAUUCUUACAAGUCAUACAUUUCGUACGCAAAACCUUGAAACUGCCGAUCAAAAACUAAUAUGUAAAGAACACCUUGAGCUUGACUACAAAAUCCAAAGAGAAACAGGUAUUUUAAAUUGUAGCAUUAAUCACUAGACUUUUUCAUGAUGCUGAAUUUGAGUUUGGUUUACAAACUGAACACUCUCUAAACCCACUCUGUCACCGGGCAAUAUAAAUACCAGAACCAGGGUGAAUAGCCCCACUGUGAAUCCGAAUUUUUCUGAACCUUUCUGGCUUUUGAGUUCAGAUUUGGCUGAUAGCCAGUAGUACACACUGGCAGUUUUUAUGGUUUCGGGACCGUGUUUGCCAUGUUGUAGUAACAACCGCUCAGCCCUAUGUCUAAAACACAGAUUCAGGACACUCUUUCCACCUCAAGUGCUGAUUUAAAUUAAAGAUUAGGGUAGAGUGAGUCUUGCACAAUACAAUUCCAUUUGUUGAACAUUUUUAAAAAUGUAUAUAUUAGAUACUGAACAAUUAAAAUGAACCUUUGAAGAGUUUCCAGGUUGCCCUGGCAAUGCUGCUAGUAUAGUAACAGAAAAAAAAAUACACAGGGUAUCUGAUGCCACCUCG